AUGAAGCUUCCUCCCGAGGCCACUUACGACGAUGUCAAUACCUUGAAAGUUGCGUACGUACAUCAUGUUGUCAUUCAUCUCUAUAGCGUGACCAUUAACCAGUCCGAUUACAAGAUGGGCAUCAUAUUCCUGCACUACGGCAAGUCUGGUAUACGCGAUGAUCGUCAUGUUGGGAGCAUGAUGUUGUGUGUGAAAUGCCAAAAACACAAUCACCCGUCACUGACUCGUGAGAUGAUCAACGACAUGAAAGAAUACGUUUGGACUUUGUCUGCCGUUGGUGUUGCGUCUACUCAGAUCUUGACGUUAAUACGUUCUGAACCCUCAGGCGAGCACGUCAUUGCGCGCGACAUAUACAACUUGAAGAGGCAACACAUAAUCAAGCGGCUUGACGGCUGGAUGUCAAUAGAAACUUUGAUCCCGUUCUUGAUUGUAUUGGAUGUAUCCAACACCCAUUGUGUUGAUGCUAGUGGACACCUAACACGACUACCCUUCACGAGCAACAAGGCUGUACAGCUUACUCGUCGCUUAGGAACAAUGCUAACCAUGGAUUGCACCUACAAAUCAAACAUGUUCAAGAUGCCCCUACUUCACAUUACAAUUGAGUACUACGAGUAUGCAUUAAAUGCUUAUAAAGGCUUUAUGAGCAACUACCUGCCAUUCGCCAUUGUCAUUGAUCGCGAGUUGGCGCUAAUGCGAACGACUAAGAUUGAUGUUUCUGUCGUUCACAAGAUGUUCUGCUGA